AUCCUGUAGCUUUGUUUUCUGAUGUGUAAAAUUAGGAUAAGAGGACCUAUCUCAUAGAGAUGCAUUAGAUGAGACAAUUCAUACACAGUGUCCAACACUUAGUAAACUCAAAGUAAACGGUCGUGUUACAUGUUUUACUCCCCAGUCUCUAGUCUGUCCAGAUGGAAGGACAUCAUCUUUGCUCCCCUAUUAACUGCCACUCUGAAUCUCCUUAUUGGUGGAUAUUCGGUCUCCUCAUCUCUGAGGAGAUGUGCUAGACGUUGAAAAGGCAAAGGCAAAAAAAAAAAAAAAAAAAAGUGGUCCUUGCCAUGAGGGAGCUCAAUCUAUUAGAGAGACAAGAGACAGCAUUAUAAUGGGGCGUCUGCCCUAGGGGGAGCGGACCCUGGAGCCGCACUCUGGUCGUCACCGAAGCUGAGGGACCGGGAAGUAGGCCUGCAACUUCUCCAGCGUAGCUCGGGAAGUGGUAGGGGCCUUUCAGACUGGCUGUUUCCACAGCAACGGGACUAGCCACCCUCUUGUGGCGUCAACCGUCAAGUCUUCAGUGAUCGAGAAGCCAGGAAAGGACACUUCCAGCCUUCUAACCUCCGAGGCCCGCGGACGCUCGGCGGUAAACGUAACACAUCGAGUUCCAAGAGUCUGAUUGGCUCUGUGGCGGGAGUUAGCAGAGAGGGGCGUGGCCCAGUCUUCUCCCAAGGGUGAGUUUUUUUUCUAGCAGAGCGGAAGCCGACCUCUCCUGCCCCGGAAGUGCAAGCUCGGAGGUCUGCCAGGUGUGGAUUCCGCCGGCAAGGCGGCUUCUUUCGAGAUGCCAGGGGCAGCCGCCAAGGGCUCGGAGCUGUCCGAGAGGAUCGAGAGUUUCGUGGAGGCGCUGAAGCGGGGCGGCGGGCGGCGCAGCUCCGAGGACAUGGCCCGGGAGACUCUGGGGCUGCUUCGCCGCAUCAUCACGGACCACCACUGGAGCAAUGCAGGGGAGCUGAUGGAACUGAUCCGCAGAGAAGGCCGGAGGAUGACGGCCGCGCAACCCUCAGAGACCACCGUGGGCAACAUGGUGCGGAGAGUGCUCAGAAUCAUCCGGGAGGAGUAUGGCAGACUCCACGGACGCAGCGACGAGAGCGAUCAGCAGGAGUCUCUGCACAAACUCUUGACAUCCGGGGGCCUGAGCGAGGAUUUCCGUUCCCAUUAUGCCCAACUCCAGUCCAACAUCAUUGAGGCAAUUAAUGAGCUGCUGGUGGAACUGGAAGGGACAACGGAGAACAUCGCAGCCCAGGCCUUGGAGCACAUCCACUCCAAUGAGGUCAUCAUGACCAUUGGCUUCUCCCGCACAGUGGAGGCGUUCCUCAAAGAGGCCGCCCGAAAGAGGAAAUUCCAUGUCAUCGUGGCAGAGUGUGCACCUUUCUGUCAGGGUCAUGAGAUGGCAGUCAAUUUGUCUAAAGCAGGUAUUGAGACAACUGUAAUGACUGAUGCUGCCAUUUUUGCUGUUAUGUCAAGAGUCAACAAGGUGAUCAUUGGCACAAAGACCAUCCUGGCCAACGGUGCCCUGCGAGCUGUGGCAGGAACUCAUACUCUAGCACUGGCAGCAAAACACCAUUCCACCCCACUCAUCGUCUGUGCUCCUAUGUUCAAGCUUUCCCCACAGUUCCCCAAUGAAGAAGAUUCAUUUCACAAGUUCGUGGCUCCUGAAGAAGUCCUGCCUUUCACAGAAGAUUGGUCUGACCUGAGAAGAUUUUUAAAACACCUGGGACAGCUGACCUCCGUGAAGUUCUGGGCAGUGGUGGCAGAGGUCCAGAGGCCACAGCACCCCACUGCUCCUGGAGGCCGAGGCCCUGAAGACGCUCUCCUUCCUAAGGUCACACCUCCCAGCCUAGGCGAUCAUUUAUACGUAUUUAGAGGAAGAAGGGCCAUAUUUAGACAGUGGCGCCUAUUCUUCCGGGGUCCAAUUACAUAAUUCUACAACGAUCCCCUUGAAAACCAGUGAAGGCUUUCCCUAAACCUUCUGUGAAUGCGCUACUUCAUCGCUCCCAUAAGAUUCACUGCAAGGCUGCUGGCAAGUGAAUUUUUCUUCCAUGAGGACAAAUCUGAUUCCAGUAUUUAAAAAGGAAGAAAAUCAUUCCGUUUGCAACAAAGACCAGUGUGAACAGGCUGGCCAGGAAAUACCAAAGUAGAAAUUCUCAUCGCAACAUCUUUCUCAUCACAUGGCAUCCCAUUCAAAACACAUCCCAUCCCAGACAUAUUACUAGCUUUGUCUUUGCUUUUUUUUGUUUUCCUUUCAUAGUACUUUAGAGUCUUAUCAACCAGAGAUCAAGUCAUCUAAAAAGGUGGGACAAGUAUGGAUUAAGAGUAGCAUAACAAGCAUUUGCAGAAAGAUCAGUCCUGGUCCCAAAUGAAAUUAUGGGGCCAUUAGAUAGGUGUACCGCAAUAAAAAAACCAAGAUGCAAUUUGAAAGGGACCAAAAUAACACUUGUCUCCUGAAAAAGUGUAGAGACUGUAUCUGGUUAGGUUGAAAGAAUUAAUGCUGCAUUUUUGAUAUGAAAAUUGCUUUCACAUUAAGAGAGAUACUUUGUGUACAAAAAAAAUCUUUUCUAAAACAAGCUCACAGUACUUUCACCAUUUUUCUGGUCUGGGAUAUGAACAGUAUCAGUCUCUGAGAGAGGGGGGGUCAUUUAUUAUUUUGCCUUAUAUUCUCUUACUUAUUAAUAUGACUUCCCUGGUGGCUCAGAUGGUAAAGCGUCUGCCUACAAUGUGGG